AUCUUUAUAUAUAAAAAAAAACUUCCCUCUUUCUGAUUUACUUUCCCCAAAGUGAAUAAUUUCCAAUUAAGACCCAUCCAUCCCAAAACGACGCUCCUCUACCAUCAAAACGACCGUCACUCCCAACAUUUCAUCGUCGUUUUCCCUCUGAGGAAUGAUAUUCCUUCUUCUUCACUUCAACUCUUCCAAUUUUCACUUCAAAUCUUCGCAUCUUCAACACCAUCAUCAUCUUCAUCUUCUUCAAAUCGAAUAGUGUGUACUUCGUUGACUUGGUCUUGUUUCGAAGAAAAUGGAGCAAUCAGUUGUUGAUGACAUAAUCAAUCGGUUGUUAGAAGUUCGACACCGUCCAGGGAAGCAAGUCCAACUAUCGGAGGCUGAGAUCCGUCAACUCUGUGUAGUUUCUAGAGACAUUUUUCUUCAACAACCUUAUUUAUUAGAACUCGAAGCACCUAUCAAAAUUUGUGGUGAUGUACAUGGUCAAUAUUCUGAUCUUUUAAGGCUAUUUGAGUAUGGUGGAUUGCCUCCCGAGGCUAACUACUUGUUUUUGGGGGAUUAUGUGGAUCGGGGGAAGCAGAGUUUAGAAACAAUUUGCCUUCUCCUUGCUUAUAAGAUUAAAUAUCCUGAAAACUUUUUCUUAUUGAGAGGAAAUCAUGAGUGUGCUUCUAUAAAUCGGAUUUAUGGAUUUUAUGAUGAGUGCAAGAGAAGGUUUAAUGUAAGGUUAUGGAAGACAUUUACAGACUGCUUCAAUUGCCUUCCUGUGGCAGCCCUUAUUGAUGAAAAGAUUCUGUGUAUGCAUGGGGGGAUUUCUCCUGACUUGCAUAAUUUGGAUCAGAUAAGAAAUCUACAACGGCCCACCGAUGUUCCUGAUACAGGUUUGCUUUGUGAUCUUCUAUGGUCUGACCCAAGCAAAGAUGUUCAAGGAUGGGGAAUGAAUGACAGGGGAGUUUCAUAUACAUUUGGUGCUGAUACCAUCUCAGAGUUUCUUCAGAAACAUGAUCUUGACCUAAUUUGCCGUGCUCAUCAGGUUGUGGAGGAUGGAUAUGAGUUCUUUGCUAACAGACAGCUCGUAACAAUAUUUUCAGCACCUAAUUAUUGUGGGGAGUUUGACAAUGCCGGUGCUAUGAUGAGUGUUGAUGAUACACUAAUGUGCUCUUUCCAAAUAUUAAAGCCCGCUGAUAAAAAAACAAAGCUCAAUUUUGGAAGUACAACCACUGCUAAACCUGGAAACUCUCCCGCAGGUGUAAAGUCCUUCCUUGGCGCAAAAGUAUGAUAUUAAACUGCUACAAAGAUUGCUGUAACUACUUGUCAGCUUGGUCCUGAGCUCCUGAUGGUGCAAGAAAAAUCGAGAUCCAUUUUGUUCACUGUGACAUUUGGAAUUGCAAAAUCAAAGGGAAAACACGAUCACAAACUAUGUAAACCAUUGUUUUUUAUUGGUACAAAUUCUCCAUUUUGAGAUGGAGAGUCUUACUUUCUGUCUUCUGUUGUACACAAAAGAGUUGGUAAUUUUUCUGAAUCGUAAGCUUCUCAAACGUAGAUGAAUAUGUGGCUGAGAACCGAUAUAGGAGUGGCGUAUGGAUGAUAUUUGAGGCUGGUAAGGCUUAAUAUGGAUGAAUCUCCGGUUCCCAA